CUCGAGAACCGCCAUGCGUGACUCGCCCUCGUUCCACCGCCCACCCUCGCCACCUCCCCUCACGCCUGCGGGAUCGUCCUGGACCCAGCACGAGCUCGAGCAGGGCAUCGAGGGCGGCCUCGAAGACGACGAGGACGAGAGCGAGCAGCACCUCCGAGCCCGCUCGUCGCGCGACAGCGGCAUCUCGCUCGGCGAGCGCCAGCAGCACCUCUCGCCGAGCCACGCCCACGACGACGCCCGCUCGCGCCCGCUCGACUCGGCGCAGCGCUCCCUGUCGCCCUACCCGUCGGUGAGCGGCGCCGCGUCGUCCGCCGGCAUCUCGUCGCCUUCCUCGUCGUCGCACCCUCGUCCGCCGAGCGCCCUUUCAUCCACCUCGUCGUCGCACCCGAGCGGCAGCACCGGCGGCCCCACCUCGCAAGACUCGCUCGCGUCGCCUCGCCUCGUCGCGCACCACCCGUACGCGUCGAGCAGCCUCAGCUCGGCCGCCGCGUUCGACUACGACGACCUGCUCGGCCCGCACCCGCGCCGCGCCCUGUCGGGCACGAGCGUCAGCCCGCCGUCGAGCAACGAGGACGACAAGUUGCGGCGCGGCGUCGCCGAGUCGCACGUCCAGGGGCUCGGCCUGACGGCGAGGGCGGCCGGCGGCGGGCGCAGGGAGCUGUACGGCCAGGACGAAGGCGGCGAGCUCGGCGGCGGAGGAGAUGAAGCCCAGGGCGACGAGCACGACGAGCGCUGGGAGUCGCUGCGCACCAUGAGCCUGUCGUCGGCGCCGCCGACGUCGUCGUCGUCGGACGCGCCUACGGCGCCGCGCCGCUCGUCGCUCGCCCAGUACGCCGUGCGCCAGUCGUCCUUCUCGUCGACGGCCCUCGUCGGCAGCCCACUCAGCCCGCACGUCGCGCCGUUCGCGCCCUCGUCGGCGUCGUCGUCGGCGCAGCAGCAGCAGGGCGGCGGCGGCGGGACCCCGACGUCUACUUCGGGCGGCUCGUGGAUCAGCCCGCGCGAGCGCGAGGCGAGCUGGAACUCGGCGGCGUCGUCGAGCUACGCCGUUCAGGCGCAGCAGCGCGCCCUUCCCUCCCUCACCUCCCAUUCCUCGACCACCUCGCCUCACACGCCGCACUACGCGAUGUCGUACGCGUCCCAGCACGGCUUCUCGCACUACGCCGAGUCGUCGUCGUCGGCCCCGCUCGUCGCGCCCGCCAUGAGCGAGUCGAGCUCGCGCGGCGCGCACGGCCUCGGCGGCGAGACGUUCUUCGUCUCGCGUGGUCCGCCUCGCGCACCCUACACGGUCGAGUACCGCGACCGCUCCGGCAGCGAGAGCUACGGCCUCAACGGGCACGGCUACUCGUCGUCGACCGGGCUCGACUCGGCGUCGGCGGCCGUCGCCCAGUACGACGCGGCCAUGCAGGCCGACGUGUCGACCAUCUUUGUCGUCGGCUUCCCGGACGACAUGACCGAGCGCGAGUUCACCAACAUGUUUGCGUUCGCCGACGGCUUCGAGGCGGCGACGCUCAAGUUCCCGUACCCGCGCGACGGCAGUGUCGCCGGCAGCGAGGGCGGCGGCUCGGGCCUCGCCGGUCUUGCCCUCGGCGGCGGCGGCGGCGGCCCCGACGAGCCGUUUUCGUCAUCGUCGUCGUCGUACCCGGGCCCGCCGUACCUCGCGACGGCGCACGAGGGCCACGCGACGGGCGCCUCGACGCCGCUCAGCGCGACGGCGUCGGCCAACGGCACGUCGACGCCCGCCUCGACGGCCGUGCGCAAGAUCAUCGGCUUCGCGCGGUUCGACACGCGGCAGCACGCGCUCGCCGCGCGCGAGACGCUCAACGGGCGCCGCGUCGACUACGAGCGCGGGUCGGUCCUCAAGGCCGAGAUGGCCAAGAAGAACCUGCACAUGCGCAAGAACGUGCUCGUCACGGCGACGGCCAUGUCGGGCAGCGGCUCGGGCAGCGGCGGCACGACGAGCUCGUCGGCCGCGGGCACGACGGCGCCCGGCUCGGCCUCGGGCCAUGCCUCGGCCCAGGCCCAGCAGCAGCAGUCGCCGUACGUCUACUCGGCGCUCCAUGGCUCGCCCGUCGCCGUGCAGCAGGCCCCGUCGUCGCUGUCGUCGGCGGCGCCGGACGUCGCCGCCACGUCAUCGUCCUCGGCGCCGGGCCCGUCGAUCCCGCUCUCGUCGCUCGACAGUGCGACGCUGCAGAAGCUCGCCCAGUCGAGCAACCUCAACCCGGCCGUGCUCGCCGAGAUCGCCCGCCAGAACCUCGUCAAGGCGUCGACCUCGGCCGACUCGGCGGCGGCGGCGGCGACCGAGGCGUACCAGGCUCGCCGCGCGAGCGAGUACUUCGAGGACGACCCGGCGUCGGCCUCGUACCCGAACGAGCAGGCCGGCUGGGCGCAGGCGCCCGCGUCGACGUCGUCGUCCUCGCCGCCGCACCAGCCCUCGGCCGCUCCCGGCGUCGGCCUCGGCCUCGGCUCGCAGCGCAGCAUGCUCCAGCAGCUCGACGAGGGCAUCGGCUCGAACGCGACCGCGUCCAACGCGCCGUACCCGUCGCCCGACCUGCGCAGCAUCGGCGGCGGCGGGCCCGGCAGCAGCGUCUCGGGCGGCGCGCGCUCGCGUGAGGCGUCGUACGCGAGCAUGUCGGGCCCCGUCGGCGCGCCCAACCCGUACUCGACGUACGCGAGCCCGGGACCGGGCGCGGCGCCGCUCUCGCCUGGACUCGCGGCCGCGGCGGCCUCGGCUGCGACGGCCGUCGUUGGCGCCGUGCCGAGUGCGGCGGCGAGGCAGGCGGCGAUGCACCCUCUCGGCUCGCCGACGGGCAGCUUCUCGUCGUCGACGCUCGGCGGUGCCCUCGCCGCCCUGAGGACGCAGAACCCGGCCGACAUGAACGCGCCCAAGAACACGCUCUACGUCGGCGGCCUCCCGGCGGUCCUGCCCUCGCUCACGGGCCCGUUCUCGGCGUCGCACCUCGAGGACAGCCUGCGCAACGCCUUUUCGCGCUGCCCGGGCUACCGCCGCCUCCAGUUCCGCUACAAGUCGAACGGGCCCAUCGUCUUUGUCGAGUUCUUCGACACGGCGCACGCCACGCGCGCCAUGCAGGAGCUGUACGGCCACACGCUCGGCGGCCUCGUCAAGGGCGGCAUCCGCCUCAGCUACUCGAAGAACCCGCUCGGCGUCCGGUCCAACGGCCAGCCGGCGCUCCCGCCGCCCGAGCUCAUCGACCAGCGCCCGCCGCACUACGUCCUCGCGGCCCACCAGCAGCACUCGUCGCCGGCGGGCCUUGUGUUCGGCCAGGGCGCUUACGGCUCGUCGCCUUACGUCAGCUCGUCGAGCGCCUUCUCGAGCGACGCCGUCCUCGUCGUCGGCGGCGACCCUCACCGCCGCCCUCCCGACCCCAUCUACGGCGAGACGGCGUACCCUCGCUCGUCGUCGUACAGCGCCGCCUCGCCCGGCGACUACGGCGGCGGCGGCGGCGGCGGCAUCGGCCGCGCCCGCAGCAACACGUUCGCGUCGGCCGGCUCGGCCGCACCAGCCUCGCCGUCGUCGGCCUACGGCGGCGCCUUUUCGCCCUUCAGCGUCGAUCUCUGA